AUGGGCAAGGAACCAGACAAGGAAGAUGAGAGAAAGGAAGCAGCAAUAGCAUCAACGCCAUGUUUACAGCCCAAUUACAAGCCCAGACGCAUCACCCAAGACCAGCUCUCCAAGUUCCAGGAACUGCACAGGAGACGUUUACAGAUAAAAUCAACAUCAAAGAUUGAAAAGAAACCAAAAGGUGGUACUGGAAAGUCUCACGGCAAAGGCCUGAAUGCCAAACACUCAGCAAAUCAAGAUUCAAUUGUACUAAUUGAAAAUUCAACUAACUUUAACUCUGAGAGCCACCAGAAAGAAAGCAGUUCCUUUGUACAGCAAGAGGGCAUAGCAACCUAUCAUGCACCACAGAAGCGCCAGAAGUUGCAUUGGGGGUAUGAUAUGCCUACUUAG